AUGCCCGCGGCGGGCCGUGCCCCCCGCCCGGGCUCAGGGCUCCGCGCAGCCGUCGCGGUACGACGGAGCCGCCGCCGCCGCCGCCACCUGCUGCUGCUCCGCGGCUCCGCCCCGGGCCCGGCUGCGGCGCUGCCCGCGGCCCGGCCCUGUCCGUGGUGCUGCCGCCGCCGGAGCCCGGCCCCAGCCGCCGCCGCCGCCCGCAUCCUGUUGCGCCGGGGCCACGGUCAGGAGCGGAGGAGCGGCGCUUCCCUGCUCGGAACAAUGGCUGCGCUGCCCAGGCUGGUUUGUGCGUCCUCGGUCGUGUUGGUGGUCUGGGCCGGUUUUUGUUCUGCAGUAUGUGUUGAAGUUCCAUCAGAGACAGAGGCUGUCCAAGGAUCACACAUGAAGCUACUCUGCAUCUCCUGCAUGAAGAGGGAAGAGGUCACAGCCAGCACGGUGGUGGAAUGGUUCUACAGGCCGGAGGGUGGAAAGGAUGAACCUAUCUACGAGUACAGGAAAACCAACCAUGAAUUUCCAAGCCGCUUCAGUGGCCGGUUACAGUGGAAUGGGAGUAAAGACAUGCAGGAUGUCUCCAUCACUGUGUUAAACGUGACCUUGAACGAUUCGGGUAUCUACACCUGUAACAUCACCCGGGAGUUUGAGUUCGAGAUUCACCGGCCUCUCUUCACAAGCUCCAGACUGAUCCACCUCACCGUGGUGGAGGAGGCUGGAGAAGACUUCACCUCGGUCAUAUCUGAAAUUAUGAUGUAUAUUCUGCUGGUCUUCCUCACCUUGUGGCUGCUGAUAGAAAUGGUCUAUUGCUACAGGAAAGUCUCCAAGGCGGAGGAAGCUGCCCAAGAAAAUGCGACAGACUAUCUUGCGAUUCCGUCAGAAAACAAGGAAAAUUGUGCCGUGCCUGUAGAGGAAUAGCAGAGAGGAGUCAGUGGAAUGAACGGCACCAAGGGGCUCUGAAGACAGAAGGACCGCAUCAUGCCAGCCAGGUUUGAGGGGGAGCUCUGCGCCGUCGGGAGGAGAUACGGGGAAGUGUAAAUUCUCUUCCAUUUGCCUUGGACUCUGUACAGCCUUGACUUUGGCCUCAUGACUCCAUUCUGAGCUGCCAGCCCAUUUGCUAAAGGACUCUUCUUUUGAAGCAUGCUGAGCAAAGGGCACAGGGGUGUGGGCAGCACGGCUCCUUCCCGAGAUUCUGUUCCAUCAUCAUGUUAAUGGCUUUGUAAAUGUUAAGUGUCAUUUCUUAGCUGCCGUCACCACCACCUUUAUUUGCUGACUACGCUAGUUCUCCAUUGCAGAGGUAAAGGGUAUGUAUGUCAUGUUACUCUGACCUCUGAGACUGGGAAUGAGGUCAUCUUAGGUGAUGUUCACCGUGUGUUACAGCCCAAGCAGUCUUAUCAGUGUUGAAACAAGAAGAAUUUAAAUGAUUAGUUAUUCCUUGGCAUGUUGCUCUGGACUUUGGGCUGCCCGCACACAGGCAGAGCAGGAUGAGGACUGUGAUGGUGUUAGAAUGAGUCCCCCUGUGCCCCAUUCGCACUUGCUCUUGAAGGAGGGAACUGAGACUAUAGAUCCUGAAGUACCCUUACUUCAGGAAGCAGUACGAUGUAAGUAUAAGAACCCCCUGUAUAACCCCCUUUUUAUUUAGCAAGCAUCAAAAGUCUUAGUUCCUUCCUUUUGCCUUGCAUAGCAGGUUUACGCCUCAAGUGCACAGUGGUAGGAAUAACCUGUGGAGCCACGUUCUGUGACAACAGGCAAGUAGGCAAAGCAAAGUCAGUAGGAUGCAUAGCCCUCCCAGGAAAGCUUUGUAAAAUGGUAGUGGUGUUAGUAACUGAUAGUCUCCUCAUACUAUAGUGCAGCACCACCUAGAGGAAUAGACACCAAACACUUAUUUUUUCCUAGUUAAUAGUAUUUCUUUCUUGUGAUAGUCACUGGUUUGAGUAGCUGGCAUUCUUUGUAAGUGAUCCACUGCUGCACGGGAAUCACACUGUAUAUUCAGUCUUUCCCAUGCAAACCUACCUUUUCAGUCGUAGUGGAUGUUUCUGGCCUCACAUGUAAUCGGUCAAGCUCAACAACUAGGAUUACAAAGAGGGAAUAAGGCAGAAACACUGGCCAGGGUGGAAUUGUACCUGAAGACCAAAUGGGGAAAGUUUAUUUUUGCACAUAGCAGAUGUUGUUACAUCCCUGCUGCAAUGGAGCCUCUACUGCUUGCAAGAGUUGACAAAUUCUGCUACACUGACCGCUUCUAAAUAGUUACCAAGUGCUUGUGAAUCAAGGCAUGCUUCCCACGUGUGGAAUUUCCCCUGCUUUGUUCUGCUGCUUUUUGUGUGUUGCUGAAAUCACAGAAAUUACUCCGUUUGUAAGUCAGGCCCGGGCCAGAUUUCUAACUGGCAGGCAUUCAAAAUUCCUUUUUUAGAGUGGGUGUUACCUUUAGUAAACUACCACAGCGCAGUCGCUGCCAUAGGAUCGCUCUCGCGUCCAGAGCUGAGUCUGGCAAUGUGAGCAUGUUUUCCAGACACUUGGAGUCUGGAAGCACACUUGCUCCUUCAAACCGAAUAGCGUAAAGGGGAAAAAGCAGCUCCUUGUUCAGCUGCAUGUCUUCAUUUUGGGCAUAAUCCUAACUCUAAACCCACAGCACCAGAGGAGGGGCUAGAUGGUAACUCCGGAGUAUCUAUCUGUCACUGACCACGGCAUUGACACCCGCAGUGAUAUUUAGGUAAGGCCAUGUAACUUCUCUCCCACUUUAGCUCUGCUCCUCAGCCCGCUGAAGCAUUGGUAACCCUCUGGUGUCAUAAUACUAACUCAAAAAAGGAGUAAACUAAGAACUUGGUGAGAGCUACCUCAGGUGGUAAAGAAGGGCAGUCCUCUAGUCCUACACCUUCCAGUAUCUUACACGCAUCUUCUUAAGAUGCUUUUUCUUGGACAUAUCUUUCACUUCUCCACUUCCUGCAGACAGAUAUUGUCCUGUGUUGUUCUAGGCAGGAGAAAAAGGUGUGUAAAUAUUGCUCAAGGUUCCCAUAGCAAAAAAGUAACAAAAGGGAUUUUUUCAGGGGUAGUGGUGCUGGAAGAGAUGGUCCUGGUUGGUGUCUGAAAAGACUCUCUCUGUACUCGGAAACAACAGAAGAGACUUUAGAAUAGGCAGGAUAAUAAAAAGAACAAAGCACUCACGA